AUGGAAAUAGGAAAUUGCGAGUUUGUAGCUCAGCUUAUUUACGAGUGUCCUGGUCUGGUAUGGGAAAGAAAUAGAAAAGGAUGGACCAUAAUACAUGCAGCAGUUUGGCAUCGUCAUGAGACUAUCUUUAGUUUAAUAUAUGAGGUAGGCAUUGUCAAGAAUGUGAUAGCUACCUUUAAAGACAAGGAAGAUGGGAGCACUUUACUUCAUUUAGCUGCAAGAUCAGCUCCGGUUAGUCAGCUGAACAGACUAGCUGGAGCAGGACACUGCUUCGCAUAA